AUGAGGUUCCACUUCCUGCUGUCGGCGCUGCUCCCUUUGACUGUGACUACAAGCGCGGAUGACGAGCUACAAGUUAGGCGACUGCGGGCUGCUGUGACUAAUCACCACGAGGGCGAUGUGGCUGGACGCAGCAGCAACUCCCAUCUCAUGCCAGGUGGGGCAGGUGCGGCGUGGUCGCUUUCGCGGUCGCGCAGGCGAUCCGGCGGUCGCAUCAUCAACGGCGCCGACGCCACGGACGGGCAGUUCCCGUGGCAGGCGGCCAUCCGGCUGGACCGCUUCGGCUUCUGCGGCGGAUCUCUCAUCUCGGACAGCGCCGUCCUCACAGCGGCGCACUGCGUCGACGGGGUGGCAACAUUCGUGGUGACGCUGGGCACAGUGCUGGUGACGGGAGACGCCAAAGACGUGACGGUGACGACAACGAGCGCCGCGUGGCACCCGGACUAUUGGACCGACGAGAAGACGGCCGACAACGACAUCGGCGUCGUGCUCCUGGGACAGUCCGUCUCCUUCACAGUCGCUAAAUCGGUGCUCGUCGGCAGUCACAAAGUGAUGAUGUUGCCAGAAGAGCUGUAG